CUUUCUAGGUACUAAAUUCAAAACCCAUUGGUGUUGACAAAAGAUAAAAAAAAACGGAACGUUAAAUAGCAUGUGUGACGAUAAAAUUGAAUGUUACCACGACAACGCAUUGUCCAGUGGACAGGAAAUCAUUUUUUCCAGCAACUCUGAAAACAGGUAACCCCAGUUUAAGCACACUUAACCAUACAGUAGUACAUUUACAUGUUGUUCGAUGUAUGUGCAACACUUGGGCUGUAAUGUGAGAAGAUUUUAGUUGUAUUUUUUUUUUUUUUAAUUCAGUUUCAAUAUAUUAUUCAACAUGUUAGUACCUAUUUUGCCUAUUUAUGCGUUGACAAUAAUUUGUCGUGUUAAAUUUCAGUGUAACUCACAUUAUUGAAGUCAAUACCUACCUGUAGAGUGUGUACCUAUAUUUAUAAUAUAAUUUAAAAUCUACAGGUCAUUUUUAUCACAGUUUAUGGAAAGCGAUUUGGGUGUGAUCUCCGUUGUCUACUUAUCAAUGUUUUUGGACAAUGUACUUUUGACUGUUGUUGUGCCAAUUAUUCCUGAACAUUUAUACAUACAAUGGAUCACCAAUACAACGAAUUUUGUAACUAAUGUAACUAUAAGAGAUCAACCGCUUCUUCCUAAUUCAUUGAUCAAAAUGAAAUUGCAAACACUGGAAAAUGAAAACGAGGCAAUAGGCGUCUUGUUGUCUUCAAAAGCUAUAGUCCAAUUGUUUAUGAAUCCUUUGGUGGGGAUUUUAACAUCAUACGUCGGGUACAACUUACCAAUAUUUCUUGGAUCAAUUCUUUUGAUUGUAAUAUCAGUAUUGUUUGCGUAUGGAGAGACUUUCGUUUCAUUACUAGUUGCUAGAAGUCUUCAAGGCACUGCUUCAGCAUUGAUCAGUGUUUCUGGUAUGUGUUUAAUUGCUGAUCAAAAUCAUAUGUCAGAUUUAAGACGCAGUAAAGUAAUGGGUCUAGUCAUGGGAAGCAUUGCCUUAGGCGUUUUGGUCGGUUAUCCAUUUGGUGGCAUACUUUAUUAUUUUGUUGACAAGUCGACACCGUUUAAUGUAAUAAUAUGUGCCAUAACAUUCAAUUUAGGUUUGCAACUUUAUGUUUUUAAUUUUAAUCUCAUAAAAAAAGUAAAUUCAUUCAAGGAGAUAUUGCAAUUAAAACAAACAAAUAAUGAUAAACAUCAGUCUCACUUUAACAAUGGAAACUGGAAAGAUCUCCUAAAAGAUGGGUAUAUCCUGUUAAUCAUUUUUUCUAUUUGUCUAACGUCAUCUGCCAUGGCCAUUUUGGAACCAUUUUUACCAAUUUGGCUCAUACAAAUUAUAAACCCAGAAAAAUGGCAGUUGGGUACGGUUUUCAUUCCAGAUAGUCUUGGCUAUUUGAUUGGCACGAAUUUCUUUGGCACAUUGUCGUACACAAUGGGACAAUGGAGAAUGGCCGUAUUAGCAACUCUGCUAGUCGGCAUAUCCGCGAUUAUGAUCCCGGCUGCCACGACGACAAUAGGGCUUGCUUGCCCACAUUUUGGUUUGGGCCUGGGUAUAGGGAUAGUAGACUCUGCUCUGGUCCCCAUGCUGGCAAAUCUAGUUGACACCAGACAUCCAAACGUACAUUACGGAUCGGUAUACGCACUUCAACAAACGGCCGUCAGUCUAGCAUAUUCCGUUGGUCCUAUUUUGGGCGGUCAAGUCGUGAAAAGUGUUGGAUUUCCGUGGUUGAUGAGAACUGUAGGCAUCAUAAACAUAUCUUAUUGCGGCCUGUUAGUGUUUUUAAGUAAAGUUUCAUACGAAAAAACAGAAAAGAUUAACAAUGAUAUUUAUAUUCCCAAUUAUAAGUCCUGCACAGGUGUUGUAUCAUUCUUCAAUAAACCUAUCGCUUAUACAAAACUCGACGAAAUGGAUGAAAAUAAUUGAAAUUGUUAGUUAUUAUUACUUAUUAAUAAUAAACAUAAAGCAUAAUAAGUAUUA